AUGGAUCUCUUCACAGUUCUGGUGAUUUGUCUUUCUUGUUUGAGUCUCCUUUUUCUAUGGAAUCAAAGCUAUACCACAGGGAAGCUGCCACCUGGCCCCACUCCUCUCCCAAUCGUUGGAAACAUUUUUCACAUAAAUUCUAAGGCCAUCAGCAAAUCUCUAAGCAAGCUAGUAGAAGAUUAUGGCCCUGUGUUCACUCUGUAUUUUGGCAUGAAGCCCACCGUGGUGUUUAAUGGAUAUGAAGUGGUGAAGGAAGCUCUGAUUGAUCUAAGAGAGGAAUUUUCUGGCAGAGGCUAUUUCCCAGUGUUUGACAAAAUGACCCAGGGAUUAGGAAUUGUUUUGAGCAGUGGAGAAAGAUGGAAGCAAACUCGGCGUUUCUCUCUCAUGGUUUUGCGGAAUAUGGGGAUGGGGAAGAAGACUAUUGAAGACAGAAUUCAAGAGGAAGCCUUGUGUCUGGUGGAAGCAUUAAAAAAAAACCAAUGGUAUGUAUUUCUUCACGUAAUUAACACAUCGCCCUGUGAUCCUACUUUCCUGCUGGGCUGUGCUCCGUGCAACGUGAUCUGCUCCAUUAUUUUCCAGAGUCGUUUUGAGUACAGUGAUGAGAAAUUUCUAACCUUGCUAAAUUAUUUUCAUGAAAACUUCAGAAUUGCAAACACUGCCUGGAUACAGCUCUGCAACGCUUUCCCUUUUUUAAUGCAUUAUCUCCCAGGAAGUCAUAAUACAUUAUUUAAAAACGUUGCUGACCAACGAAAGUUUAUUUUGGAGAAAAUAAAAGAACACCAGGAAUCCCUGGACCUUAAUAACCCUCGAGACUUUAUUGACUACUUCCUGAUUAAAAUGGAGAAGGAAAAACACAAUAAACAGUCUGAAUUUACCAUGGACAACUUGAUCUCUACUGUAUUGGAUGUGUUUACCGCGGGAACAGAGACAAUGAGAACAACCCUGAGAUGUGGACUCCUGCUCCUGCUGAAGCAUCCAGAGAUCACAGCUAAAGUCCAGGAAGAGAUUGAUCGUGUGGUUGGCAAACACUGAAGCCCAUGCAUGCAGGACAGGAGCCACAUGCCCUAUACGGAUGCUGUGGUUCACGAGAUCCAGAGAUACAUUGACCUCAUCCCCUUCAAUCUGCCCCAUGCAGUGACUCAGGACGUUAAGUUCAGAGAAUAUGUAAUUCCCAAGGGUACAAUCAUAUUAACAUCUCUAACAUCUGUCCUGCACGAUGACAAAGAGUUUCCCAACCCAGAGCAGUUUGAUCCUGGCCACUUCCUGGAUGAAAGGGGCAACUUUAAGAAGAGUGACUACUUCAUGGCUUUUUCAGCAGGAAAAAGAGCUUGUCUUGGAGAAGGCCUGGCCCGCAUGGAGCUGUUUUUAUUCCUGACCAACAUCUUACAGCAUUUUACGUUGAAACCUCUGGUUGAUCCAAAGGACAUUGACACCACCCCAGUUGUCAGUGGGUUUGAUUCUGCACCGCCCUUCUAUGAGCUCUGUUUCAUUCCAGUCUGA